UAACUAGUUAUUUAGUUUAACUACGGUAUUACAUAACCACUAUCAGCAUCGACCUCCUCACUGAUGCAGAAGCAGGAUCAGGCUCUGCCAUUCAAAUGUUCAGAUAUAAUCAUAAACACGCGUUUCAUAUAUAUAUUUGAAUGUGUUCUUGUAGCCCUCCCGGCGGGUAUUCCGAGUUAUCCCAACCCUGUUUGUCCCGAUGGACCGAAGCAUUUUAAAUGGCGGCAGAAAAGGCACGAAAGCUUCAAGGCCCUGUAGUCGCUGAGCCAGCAGCCUCUUCGAUUUUGGCUGCCCACCUUGCGCCUCAUCUGUCUCCUAGCACAAACCAGAGACAUGCAAUCAGCCGGGAAACUUUCUCCCAGCUACGCCAAGAGAUUUUGGGCCAAGAUGAAGGGGGCCAAUCUAAUCUGGAAGAGAACAUCACCGAUGUGCAUAGCUUAAUAUGCGUGGUGAUAAAAGCUGGUCUACAGCCGGCUUUCAAGUCCCAAGUUUUGGGGGAAGAAUUGGAGGGACAGAUCCUAGACUGCCUUGACAUUAUACGUUUGGCAGUGCAGAGAUCACCUCAAGUCCUCCACGAGAUAUCUGACCCUGAGAUCCUUGGGAAGAACGAUAUUCAUGCUCCCCUGUUUGCCUGGCUUAUUCACGAGCUUUUCUCUCUCCUCUUCGUAUGGGGUCAAUGCUCUAUCAAAGACAAGAUUUACAGCCUCCUAUCUACCAUCUAUGUCUCUCAAUUCAGGGGGCCCCAACUGUGGCAUUCGUCCCGGUCAGUGCAUACACUGAUUCAAGCUUGUACUGGCGAUAUACUAUAUUCUCUGGAGGCCAUUGGCACUUCAGAAUCCGGGCGUAAUGUCGCGUUGUAUUUCCCCGGACCCUCGAGCAUCUUAUUGAACUACCUAGACAAACUGUCUCUCCCGCGUUCGAUGUUCUGCAAAAGGAUCAAGCUAGGAACCCCUAGAGAAGCUGUUAAGUUCUGCCUUCAACUUUUCGAGGCGGUAGCCUGCCAUCCGUUUCACACUUCCCUUCCAGCAUCCGCAGCAGCCAAUCUUCGCCGGGUGCUUACUUGGGUACUCAACAGUCAACAACAGCUAUGGACGGUUAUGCUCGAAUGGUUUGAGGUGGCCAAGAUCACACAGGUAGAAGAGCAGUUGAUGAACCUUCUUGAUUUUAUCACGCUCUCGCGCAAGUUAUACUCACAUGCCUUGAAAUUAUCGCAAGGGUUGUCGCUAGACCAACAAGCAAGACAUAUAUGGCUACAGUGUGGAAUCGAUUUGCUGAACUCAGCAAAACUUGAGCAAAACGCAGAUGUCCAACAAGCACUAAGCCAGCUACUAAGCGAUGCUAUACGACUUUCGCUCACUUCCCCUGAAAUUGGCCGUUUUAUUGAGGAUCACUUCUUUGAACCCCUAUUUGAUCGAAGGAAGGAUGAGACAGGAUUUCGAAAUUUGCACCAGUCAUUUCAGAUGGUGAUUAUCAGGAUCCUAAAUCGGGAAUAUGGCGUCCCAAAAGACGUGAUUGAUGCAAAACUACUCGCUCUCCCGAAUCAAAGCCGUGAUUCGAUCACGACGUCCGCCCGGAAAUCUCCAAGCCGGCCCAUUCUCGAGGAUAUUAACCCUUUUGACAGCGAUCGAGCACGGAAGAGACCCCGGCUCUCUAACAUAGAGGAAGAUAUACCCGUUGCAGACCUUGUGCACACCGUUACAACCACUGUAUAUCAUCUGCUUGCUUCUCAUCCAACAACGGGUACGGACGGGUUAAGCCAAAUUGUUUUAGAUACUUUACCCAAGCUGCCGGAGGAAGACCAGUGUGAAGUUUUGGCUAAGGUUGGACGGAUUGCUUGUGCUGGCGCGGGAACUUUGGUGAUGGAACAUCCUAACAAUGUUGCUGGGCCACAAUUCCGAUGUCUGAUAUGUGACACCAUUUCACCAAAGCCUUCCACCAAUAAACCUCGGAAGAGCUUACAUUUCGGAGAAGUAUGCAAAACCAUGAUUGAAAUUAUACCCAUUCUUCAAGGAUCUAGGAAACCUCGAAUAGCCGCCAUGUUUGCGAUUAGGAAUGUCGUAAUGCAUGAUCCGAAAAGUGAAAACGUUGGAAUACUUACGUCCCCUCUGGGCGAAUGGUGCCUUCAAUCUUUGCGCAGCUCCCUUAGAGAGUUGAGGAUGGCUGCAGGACAAACAUUACCUGCCUUUCUACGGGAAAACCUGGACUCGGAUAUUCGUCGAGCCAAUUUCGUAACGGCUCUAGAAUAUUUGCAAAAUGUUCUCGAAAAGGUCGACAUGCCAAUUCAGGAAACCUCGAUUAUGGCUUUGGGUCGUGUGGCAGAAGUCUCUGGUGACGAGGAAAUGAACAUCAUUCUUCUCCGCCUUUUCGAAUAUCUUGGUCAUCCGAAUCCAUUUAUUAGUGGUAUUGCCUAUACCGGACUCUCCACGAUUGCCCAGCGUUUAGGAGUAAGCCCAGGUGCGCUUUGUAGGCCAUUCUGGAGGACUCUCUCUGUCGUGAUCGUAAAGAACCUCCAAGGUCGUCCACAGAUGGCUGAUCAGCUCUGUGACUUGCUUGGCAUGAAGGUCGAUAAUUUUUUGAGGCUGACUGAGGUCCAUGUUCUGCCGUACCUUGUCUUGAUGAGGAAGUAUGACAUUAUAGCACGUAUUGGAGCCAACUAUGAUGAGAAACAAUCCCCUUAUCAGCUCUGUACAAGAAAGAACAAUUUAGCAUCUAUCCUUACACUGUUGUUGACUCAACCGUCAAACGAUCAUAACGCGAUGGUUGUAUCAAUAUUCAACGAAAUGUCGCCUGAGUUCCAAGUCCACGAUUUGGCAGGAUGGGUUCGAGCAGAGCCAAUUCUUAUUGCAUGCGAACUUCUCAAGGGAUUGGGGGAUUCAACCAAAACUGAAAGAUCCAAGUAUCACAAAGCGCUCAAGCUUCUUGCAUCUCUUACACCGCGAAAGCCAGAGCAUGGAAGUGAUUCUUUGAGGGGGAAAGAGCUGGUCGCCAAUUUUAUUGAAGAGCAUGUUCUAGGGAUCAUUACCGAGUUCGCCCACGUCGUUAACGAUUUCCAAAUUCGACAACCUAUUGUUGAAAAGAAGCGGAAUAUUAUCGCCAUUGGAGAGAUGGUAAAGAUAGCGAAAGGUAAUAUUACCAUCGCUCUGCCACAGAUUUGUGCUUGCUUGCGAUCGGCGUUGGACAUACCAGAGCUUUGUGACCAAGCUUUCUCAUCGUGGAGUAUCAUCAUGACUUCGCUCGACGAGGUUGAGAUCGAACCUCUAAUCGACCAGACAUUCUCGAUUAUUAUCAAAAAUUGGGACGCAUUCCAGCCGGACGGACGGGACCGAGCAUUUACACUUGUUGGUCACAUUUUAACUGAGCAUAGAGCUGUUGUGGAAAAUGUGUUUGAGACCAUGCCUUCUUUAUCGGCUAUCCCUUCUAUGGCGGAUUACGAGCAAGAAAUCCAGCGCUUGAAGGGACGCAUGGAUGUUCAAACGCGAUUUAAGGCUUUCUGCCGACGAUGUCAAAAUGAGAACCAAGUUGUUGUUGAACAGGCGCUGAAGGAGCUUGACCAGGAACUGGUAAAAAACGAAGAAUUCAUUCACCGGGCCAUAACCAAUGAACAACCGGACGGUAUUGUGGCACUGUUGACCCGUUCACUAUUGGAUUGUUGUUCCAAAUUUAAUCCCACCUCUCCCACAAUAAUGACCCUUUCCGCGCGGUGUCUGGGCCACAUUGGAUGCUUGGACCCGAAUCGAAUAGAAUCGGUUAAAGAAAAGAAGGAUAUCCUUGUUUUGUCCAAUUUCGAUAGUGCGGAAGAAACCUUAGAUUUCAUCUUAUUUUUCCUUCAGCAUAUUCUGGUCGAAGCUUUCCUGUCAGCCUCCAAUACCAGAGCUCAGGGCUUCCUUGCGUACGCUAUGCAGGCUUUGCUAAAGCUUUGCAAUUUGGAUUUGGUCAUGAUACCCCGCUCUCAAGACAGUCAAGCAAAUGAGUAUUAUCGACGAUGGCUCUCCUUGCCGGAGUAUGUGAGAAACACGUUGACCCCAUUUCUUAACUCCAAGUAUACAGUUACUAUUGGUGCCAUUAGUACAAACUGUGACUAUCCUCUGUUUUCGUCGAAACUUAGCCAUCCUGAGUGGCUCCGAGCUUUUACACUUGACAUGCUACAGAAGGGGAAAGGCGAAAACGUGGUUAUAAUUUUUAGUGUCAGCAGUAGAAUCAUCCGAAGUCAAGACAUAUCCAUCGCCGCAUUUCUCCUCCCUUUUGCGGCCUUGAAUCUGGCGCUUAGUGGUGAUCAGGAUCAAAGGGACGAUUUGAAGAAGGAGUUGCUGAACGUCCUCCAGUACCCCCUUCCCGAAGAUAACCAUCAAAUCAGGGAGAACAUAAUUUUAUGUAGCGAGAGUGUUUUUUCCGUCCUCGAUUAUCUAUCUAGAUGGCUCCAGGGGAAGAAAAAGGAGUAUACUAGCCUCGCUGUGCCAAAUGCCCAUAAUCAUCGCAUAAGCCGAGAUCCGGUUCUUAGUUCAUGGGAGUCGCAAAUAAAGCUCGUUGAGGAGCUUCUCUCCUCUGUACCCGCGGAGAUCAUUUCAAAACGGGCUGUCGAGUGCAAAUCCUUUUCGAGAGCACUUUUCCACUGGGAACAGUAUAUACAGCAACAGCAGCAGCAGCACAAAGAUGACAAAAAGGCCGCCUCCCUUGAACCCCUUUAUCAAAGGCUGCAGGAAAUAUAUACUCAAAUCGACGAACCAGACGGUAUAGAGGGGAUCUCCGCUCAUCUUCAUGUCCUUAAUAUUGACCAGCAGAUACUUGAACACCGCAAAGCUGGGCGUUGGGUGGCCGCCCAGAGUUGGUAUGAGCUACAGCUCAAAUCAGACCCGACAAAUGGUUACGCCCAGGAGAAUUUGUUGACAUGCCUGAAGGAAUCAGGUCAACAUGUUGUUCUUCUCAAUCAAUUUGAUAGCCUCGAGUUGGCGAAAUCUACACUGCCAAAGAUGCUCCCCAUCACUAUGGAAGCUUCAUGGUUGACUGGUAGAUGGAACAAGUUGGAUAGUUACGCGGGAAUGGCCUCUGAUCAAGCUGUCGGAGACUUUAAUGUUGCAAUUGGCUCAGCUCUUAGUAUGCUACGGCAUGGCAAGCUAGGGAAGUUCAAAGAUACAAUCACGAAGUUGCGCCUUAACGUCGCGAAAGGACUCACGUCAAAUUCGGUGGCGUCGUUCCAUGCAAGUCAUGAUAGCGUCCUUAAACUCCACGCUCUCACCGAAAUUGAGCUUCUCACAUCUCCAGCACCCAAGACCCGAGAGGAUCGAAUGGCGCUUUUCGAGACAUUGGACCGCCGAUUGGACAUUCUUGGUGGUUGUAUUGCUGAUAAACAAUACCUCCUUGGGUUGAGGCGAGCAACAAUGGAAUUGACUGGUUCGUUUGAUUCGUCCGACAUUGCCUCGAUUUGGUUGCGUGUUGCUCGUCUUGCACGUAAAGCAAACUGCACCGAACAGGCAUUCAAUGCAGUUCUUCAUGCUCAUGAGCUUGAUGAUACGUCAGCUACCAUUGAACACGCCAGGCUUCUGUGGAAAGAAGGCCACCAUAGAAAAGCGAUACAGACUCUCGAAGGCGCAAUCGCAGCGAAUGCCUUUACUGCACAUGAUUAUGCUCCGUCAGAAGACACAUUUGUAACGGUUGCCCCUGAUCGACAGCAAAAGCAAAAUAUGGUUACAGCAAGGGCACACCUACUGCUUGCAAAAUGGAUGGACAGCGCUGGCCAAACACAGUCAGAAGUUAUCGUUCAAAGGUACAGGCAGGCUAUUAAAUUCCACAGUCGGUGGGAGAAAGCACAUUAUUAUCUAGGGAGGCAUUAUACAAAAAUCCUGGACUCGGAAAAGUCAAAGCCUUUGGGUAAAGAGGCGCAAAUAUAUUUGAGCGGUGAGGCGUCUAAGCUUGUCAUUGACAAUUUUCUUCGCUCACUUGCCCACGGAAACAAAUACGUUUUCCAGACCUUACCCAAAGUCCUGACCUUAUGGUUGGAGCACGCUUCAACUGUCGACCAACCCUUCGAUCCUAAGAGGGGUGACAAUGAGGAGUUUCAAAGAUACAGUAUGGCUCAGAAGAAAAAAUGCCUUGAUGACAUGCAUACGCAGUUGCGCAAAUACUUUAACCGGAUACCUGCUGCCUUGCUCUUCACGAUUCUACCCCAAGUAGUAGCUCGAAUUUGCCAUAGCAACUCUACGGUGUAUAGUAUCCUCACACAUAUUGUGGUGAAAACCGGAAAUUCAUUCCCGCAGCAAGCCCUGUGGACGAUUCUCGCCGUGUUGAAGUCUUCUUCCAAAGAUAGGGCCUCUCGAGGCAUGUCAUGUCUUCAGAAGAUAACCGAGGCAACUAAAAAAAUGAAAACUGAAACGUCGGCUUCGGAUCUUCGGACUAUUAUUAAUCAAGGACAACGAAUUUCGGAGGAAUUGUUGAAGAUGUGUAAUACGCGCAUUGAAGAUAAGAAGACAAAAGUUAGCCUGGCGAGAAACCUUGGGUUCAAUCACAGGACAGCGCCAUGCAGACUUGUUAUACCAUUAGAAUCGACUUUGACUCCAAUCCUACCGGCGAAUCAUGAACUAGGCUUUCUGAAAUCAUUCCGAGCGUUUCCCCACGACCCUAUUACCAUUGAAACCGUCCUUGACGAUGCCCUCGUUCUCAACUCGUUGCAAAAACCCCGGAAAAUCAAUAUCCGCGGCUCAGACGGGAAGAUUUACAGCCUCCUUUGUAAACCGAAGGAUGAUCUCCGUAAGGACCAAAGGUUGAUGGAGUUCAAUAGCAUGAUCAACAGGUUUUUGAAACGCGAUGUUGAAUCAAGCAAGCGACGACUAUAUAUCAAAACUUACGCUGUGACUCCGUUAAACGAGGAAUGUGGGCUUAUUGAAUGGGUUGACAACUUAAGGACUUUGAGAGAGCUCGUGAUCAGGCUUCUCAAGGAAAGGGGAAUCAUUCCGAACUACAAUGAAAUUAGGCACUAUUUGAACGAAGCGUGUGCCGAUUCGUCGAAGCUACCGCUUUUUACCAACAAAAUCCUUGCGACUUAUCCUCCCGUUCUACAUGAAUGGUUUGUUGAAAUGUUCCCUGAACCAGGCGCAUGGUUUGCUGCACGCUUAAAGUAUACAAGGAGCAGUGCUGUUAUGUCCAUGGUUGGCUAUUGCUUGGGGCUCGGAGACAGACAUGGCGAAAAUAUACUUUUUGAGGAGGGUAGCGGCGGUGUCCUCCAUGUUGAUUUUAACUGUCUUUUUGACAAGGGCUUGACAUUCGAUAAACCAGAAUUAGUUCCAUUCCGACUGACACAAAAUAUGAUAAACGCAUUUGGAGCAUAUGGAUAUAAUGGACCAUUCCGAAAGACCUGCGAGAUCACACUUGGCUUGUUACGACAAAACGAAGAUUCGCUCAUGACAAUUCUGGAGACUUUCCUGCACGAUCCCACAACAGACUUUAUUGGCAGAAAGAAACGAACAAACCCGAAAGUUCCAGAUACGCCCGAAGGUGUCCUCGAGUCUGUACGAAGCAAACUACGAGGUUUGCUGCCUGGCGAAUCUGUUCCGCUAUCUGUGGGAGGCCAUGUGGACGAACUGAUCAUUCAAGCCACAAGUAUAAAAAAUCUGGCCGCUAUGUAUAUAGGCUGGUGCGCUUUCUUCUGAGUUCGUUCUUUGAAUGGUACUCGCCGGGACGUAUCCAGUCUAAUGUCGUGAUGAAUUUACACGGGUUUAAUGACUGCUGCGUACACAUGGGUAUUUUUGUAUUCACUAUUUAAAUCAUACUGCUGAUCUGAGACCGAAUGUAUUAUUGAAACGCCAUGGCUAUGAAAGCCCAGCAGGACAUGUAGCCCUCCUUUUCUUUGUCGCCCAAAGUUUUACAUAAAGUUACAAAAAUAGUUUUGGGAAACAAACAAAUUAGUAGCCCUAGUGUAGGGAAUUGCUACCACCUUCCACCACCAUGACGGCUGCGACUUCGACUAGGACUUCUGCUUCGGCUCAAGCUUCGACUCCGGCUCCGACCACGGUCGCUGUAGCUGCUGUAACUAGAGUCCCGUCUCCUACGACGACGAGGGCUAUCCCUAUGAGGCCUUCUGCGGGGUGGUGGCGUUCUGGAACGAGAUCGCGGGGAAUAGGAAGGCGAGCGGCCGCGUGGGGAGCGAGAUCUCGAAAGUGACCGAGGACGAUAUAAAUCGUGUCUUUCCAUGCCGCGAGGGCCAGGAAAGCGUCGUGGGGAACCACGACGGGGCGGCGGAGAGCGAUAUCGACCUCCUGGCGGUGGCGGUCUUCCAGAGUCUAAGCCGCCUCGACCAUAACCUCUUCCGUAUGCAGGGCGGUCGAAUCGCCCAAAAUCACCCCUGUUUCGAGCCGGUGGAGGAGAGCGCGAAAACGUGCGGCGUGGUAGGACAAUAGAGACAUUGAGGACAGCACCGUCAAGUUGUGCUUCGUGCAUAUGUGAUAUAGCUGCCUCUGCAUCUGCUACUUCGUGGUAUAAAAUAUACGCGGUACCGCGGUUGGUCAUAACUGCGCGCGUAACUCUUGUUAGAAGAUGAAAAAAUAUAAUACGAUAAAAUCAUAAUACUAAUAAAAUAUCCACAUCACAUACAAUGUGGAUUCAUCGGCAAUUCCAAGCUCUGGAUCUCUCCGUAGACCCCAAAAAUUUCGCGCAGAUGAUUUUCAUUCACAUUCUUGGUUAAUUUCUCCACGACAAUCUAAAUGGAUCCGAUUAGCAUCAAAACAAUAACGCGAAAAUAAGCUGCAGAACUAGAUCAUAUCAAACUAGGACGGGUGGGACAUGACUUCAUC